AUGCAAUUCCGCUCGCUUACAGCCGCCAGGAGCUCCCUGGCGCCGCAGGCAGCGUCCUCCUCCGAAGCAGCUGCGCCUGCACCUGGGCAGCCUGGACCUUCGUGCCCUGCCCCCGGGGCCUCACGCGGGGGGCGCCCCGGGACACCUCCUGCGGGCCGGGUGGAGGAGGAAGAGGAGGAGGAAGAAGACGUAGACCGGGACCCCUACCCUACGCAGAACACUUGGCCCCGCUGCUGUCAGUUCUCUUUAAGUGGGAGAAGAAGAGAGCCAGGGAGAGUCAUGGGGGGCUGCGAAGUCCGGGAAUUUCUUUUGCAAUUUGGUUUCUUCUUGCCUUUGCUGACAGCUUGGCCAGGCGACUGCAGUCACGUCUCCAACAACCAAGUUGUGUUGCUUGAUACAACAACUGUACUGGGAGAGCUAGGAUGGAAAACAUAUCCAUUAAAUGGGUGGGAUGCUAUCACUGAAAUGGAUGAACACAAUAGGCCCAUUCACACCUACCAGGUAUGCAAUGUAAUGGAACCAAACCAAAAUAACUGGCUUCGUACGAACUGGAUCUCCCGUGACGCAGCUCAGAAAAUUUAUGUGGAAAUGAAGUUUACAUUGAGGGAUUGUAACAGCAUCCCAUGGGUUUUGGGGACUUGCAAAGAAACAUUUAAUCUGUAUUAUGUGGAAUCAGAUGAGUCCCAUGGAAUUAAAUUCAAGCCAAGCCAAUAUACAAAGAUUGACACAAUUGCUGCUGAUGAAAGUUUUACACAGAUGGAUUUGGGUGAUCGCAUCCUGAAGCUAAACACGGAAAUUCGUGAGGUGGGGCCUAUAGAAAGGAAAGGAUUUUAUCUGGCUUUUCAAGACAUUGGGGCAUGCAUUGCCCUGGUCUCGGUCCGUGUUUUCUACAAAAAGUGCCCCUUCACUGUUCGUAACUUGGCUAUGUUUCCCGACACCAUCCCAAGGGUUGAUUCUUCUUCUUUGGUUGAAGUAAGGGGCUCUUGUGUGAAGAGUGCGGAAGAGCGUGAUACUCCUAAACUAUAUUGUGGAGCUGAUGGAGAUUGGCUGGUUCCCCUUGGAAGGUGUAUCUGCAGUACAGGAUAUGAAGAAAUCGAAGGUUCUUGCCACGCUUGCAGACCAGGAUUCUAUAAAGCAUUUGCUGGGAACACAAAAUGUUCUAAAUGCCCUCCCCACAGUUUAACCUAUGUGGAAGCAACUUCUGUCUGUCAGUGUGAAAAGGGUUACUUCCGAGCUGAAAAAGACCCACCUUCCAUGGCAUGUACCAGGCCACCUUCAGCUCCUAGGAAUGUGGCUUUUAACAUCAAUGAAACGGCCCUUAUUUUGGAAUGGAGCCCACCAAGUGACACAGGAGGGAGAAAAGAUCUCACAUACAGUGUAAUCUGUAAGAAAUGUGGCUUAGACACCAGCCAGUGUGAGGACUGUGGUGGAGGACUCCGCUUCAUCCCAAGACAUUCUGGCCUGAUCAACAAUUCUGUGAUAGUACUUGACUUUGUGUCUCACGUGAAUUACACCUUUGAAAUAGAAGCCAUGAAUGGAGUUUCUGAGUUGAGUUUUUCUCCCAAGCCAUUCACAGCUAUUACAGUGACCACGGAUCAAGAUGCACCUUCCCUGAUAGGUGUGGUAAGGAAGGACUGGGCAUCCCAAAAUAGCAUUGCCCUAUCAUGGCAAGCACCUGCUUUUUCCAAUGGAGCCAUUCUGGACUACGAGAUCAAGUACUAUGAGAAAGAGCAUGAGCAGCUCACCUACUCCUCCACGAGGUCCAAGGCACCCAGUGUCAUCAUCACAGGCCUCAAGCCGGCCACCAAGUAUGUAUUUCAUAUCCGAGUGAGGACUGCAACAGGAUACAGUGGCUACAGUCAGAAGUUUGAAUUUGAAACAGGAGAUGAGACUUCUGACAUGGCGGCCGAACAGGGACAGAUUCUCGUGAUAGCCACCGCGGCUGUUGGGGGAUUUACUCUCCUCGUCAUUCUUACUUUGUUCUUCUUAAUCACUGGGAGGUGCCAAUGGUACAUAAAGGCCAAAAUGAAGUCAGAAGAGAAGAGAAGAAACCACUUACAGCAGAAUGGGCAUUUACAUUUCCCAGGAAUUAAAACUUACAUAGAUCCAGAUACAUAUGAAGACCCAUCCCUAGCAGUUCAUGAAUUUGCAAAGGAGAUUGAUCCCUCAAGAAUUCGCAUUGAGAGAGUCAUUGGGGCAGGAGAAUUUGGAGAAGUCUGUAGUGGGCGUUUGAAGACACCAGGGAAAAGAGAGAUCCCCGUUGCCAUCAAAACUUUGAAAGGUGGCCACAUGGAUCGACAAAGAAGAGAUUUUCUAAGAGAAGCUAGUAUCAUGGGUCAGUUUGACCACCCAAAUAUCAUUCGACUAGAAGGUGUUGUCACAAAAAGAUCCUUCCCGGCCAUUGGGGUGGAGGCGUUUUGCCCCAGCUUCCUGAGGGCAGGGUUUUUAAAUAGCAUCCAGGCCCCGCAUCCAGUGCAAGGGGGAGGAUCUCUGCCCCCCAGGAUUCCAGCUGGCAGACCAGUAAUGAUUGUGGUGGAAUAUAUGGAGAAUGGAUCCCUAGACUCCUUUUUGCGGAAACAUGAUGGCCAUUUCACUGUCAUCCAGUUGGUCGGUAUGCUCCGAGGCAUUGCGUCAGGAAUGAAGUAUCUUUCUGAUAUGGGUUACGUUCAUCGUGAUCUAGCAGCUAGGAAUAUAUUGGUCAACAGCAACUUAGUAUGCAAAGUUUCUGAUUUUGGUCUCUCCCGGGUGCUGGAAGAUGAUCCAGAAGCUGCUUAUACAACAACUGGUGGGAAAAUUCCCAUAAGGUGGACAGCCCCCGAAGCUAUUGCCUACAGAAAAUUCUCCUCAGCAAGUGAUGCAUGGAGCUAUGGCAUUGUCAUGUGGGAGGUCAUGUCCUAUGGAGAGAGACCUUAUUGGGAAAUGUCUAACCAAGAUGUCAUUCUGUCCAUUGAAGAAGGUUACAGACUUCCGGCUCCCAUGGGCUGUCCAGCAUCUCUACACCAGCUGAUGCUUCAUUGUUGGCAGAAGGAGAGAAAUCACAGACCAAAAUUUACUGACAUUGUCAGCUUCCUUGACAAACUGAUCCGCAAUCCCAGUGCCCUUCACACCCUGGUGGAGGACAUCCUUGUAAUGCCAGAAUCCCCUUGUGAAGUUCCGGAAUAUCCUCUGUUUGUCACAGUCGGUGACUGGCUGGAUUCUAUAAAGAUGGGGCAAUAUAAGAAUAACUUCAUGGCAGCAGGGUUUACGACUUUUGACCUAAUUUCAAGAAUGAACAUUGAUGAUAUUAGAAGAAUUGGAGUCCUACUCAUUGGACACCAGAGACGGAUAGUCAGCAGUAUACAGACUUUACGUUUACACAUGAUGCACAUACAGGAGAAAGGAUUUCAUGUAUGA